GGCACCCGUCGCGGGGCGGGGCGAGGCGACGGGGGCAAGAUGGCGGCUUCCGCUCGGGUCUCCCGGCUCCCCUGCAGGGCCCUCCUGACUCCUCCGAGGGCGGGUAAGAGGCGACGGCGGCGGCGGGGGAGGCGAAUGGGGGUCCCUCCCUCCCUCCGCUCCCUCUUCGUAGCCGGGGGGGGGAGGGGGGAGAGCGCGGGGUCUCCUCUCCGCCGAGGGGCCGCCCUUCGGGAAGGUCACGGCGGCGCUUCCUCCGCUCCAGGGACCGGUGAGCCUGCGAGGUCCCCCUGGGCGACGCGCCUCCGCUUUCCGCCUGCCCUUCGGAACUCCCUGCCACUGGAGUCUGAGGCAGGCGCCUUCCCUCUGCUAGGCGAGAGGCAGCAGGAUUUUACAGAAAUACUGUAAAAUUAAUGAAUGUUAGAAUUGAAGUUAAGUGGUUUUCUAGCUGUAAUGGUAUAAAAGAAUAUGGAAAAAUUGGUUUCUAAUACGUAAAAAUUUAAUGUUAUAUUAAGAUUGAAGAUUAGGAUUAAAAAGGAGGGAAAGGAGUUGCUGGACUAACAAAUCGAAUUGGAAUACAAAAGAGGGAGGUAUGAGGAGGUCCCGGAAAUAAGUAAAUGUAAGAGAAGUGAUGAAAAGAUGGAAUUGUUUUUAACUGUUUUUUUCUUUUUUGUAUUUUGUAUUUUUCCUUUUUAUUGUUAAUUUUCCUAUUAAUGUAAUCUUUUGAAAUUUUAAUAAAUAUCAUUUAAAAAAAAAAAGAGAGGCAGCGGAACGCUUCUAAGGAAAGGCUCUGUGGCAAAAUCCCGAAAGCCUUCUUUUUAUUUACAGUGGUACCUCAGGUUACAGACGCUUCAGGUUACAGACUCUGCUAACCCAGAAAUAGUACCUCGGGUUAAGAACUUUGCUUCAGGAUGAGAACAGAAAUCGGGCUCUGGCUGCGCGGCAGCAGCAGGAGGCCCCAUUAGCUAAAGUGGUGCUUCAGGUUAAGAACAGUUUCAGGUUAAGAACAAACCUCUGGAACGAAUUAAGUACUUAACCCGAGGUACCACUGUACAUGUACACAUACCUCCCUCCCCAACUUUCCCUUGUUUAUCGGCUUUAUUCAUCCGAAUAAAACCUCCCAGAAUCCCCCAACGGUGUCUGGUAGGGCAGUUGGACAGUCUCAGAGGCAGGGCCGGGUUUUGGUUUGAUGAGGCCCUAAGCUACUGAAGGUAAGGUAAAGGUAAAGGGGAUCCCUGACCAUUAGGUCCAGUCGUGACUGACUCUGGGGUUGCGGCGCUCAUCUCGCUUUACUGGCCAAGGGAGCCGGCGUACAGCUUCCAGGUCAUGUGGCCAGCAUGACGAAGCCGCUUCUGGCGAACCAGAGCAGCGCACGGAAACGCUGUUUACCUUCCCGCUGGAGCGGUACCUAUUUAUCUACUUGCACUUCAUGCUUUUGAACUGCUAGGUUGGCAGGAGCAGAGACCGAGCAAUGGGAGCUCACCCCGUUGCGGGGAUUUGAACCGCCGACCUUCUGAUCGGCAAGCCCUAGGCUCUGUGGUUUAACCCACAGUGCCACCCGCAUGUUUUUGAGGAGGGGGCGGGCAGGUGUGGAGGACUCCCUGGUCCUGAAUGGGGUAACUGUGCCCCUGAAGGACCAGGUGUGCAGCCUGGGAGUCAUUUUGGACUCACAGCUGCCCAUGGAGGCGCAGGUGAAUUCUGUGUCCAGGGCAGCUGUUUAUCAGCUUCAUCUGGUAUGCAGGCUGAGACCCUACCUGCCCUCAGACUGUCUUGCCAGUGGUGCAUGCUCUGGUUAUCUCCCGCUUGGACUACUGCAAUGCGCUCUAUGUUGGGCUACCUUUGAAGGUGACCCGGAAACUACAACUAAUCCAGAAUGCAGCAACUAAACUGGUGACUGGGAGCGGCCGCCGAGACCAUAUAACACCGGUCUUGAAAGACCUACAUUGGCUCCCAGUACGUUUCCGAGCACAAUUCAAAGUGUUGGUACUGACCUUUAAAGCCCUAAACGGCCUCGGUCCAGUAUACCUGAAGGAGAGUCUCCACCACCAUCGUUCUGCCCGGACACUGAGGUCCAGCGCCGAGGGCCUUCUGGCAGUUCCCUUGCUGGAAGAAGCCAAGUUGCAGAGAACCAGGCGGAGGGCCUUCUCAGUAGUGGCACCUGCCCUGUGGAACGCCCUCCCAUCAGAUGUCAAAGAGAAAAAUAACUACCAAACUUUUAGAAGACAUCUGAAGGCCGCCCUGUUUAGGGAAGCUUUUAAUGUUUAAUAGGUUAUUGUAUUUUAGCGUUUUGUUGGAAGCCGCCCAGAGUGGCUGGGGAAACCCAGCCAGAUGGGCGGGGUAUAAAUAAUAAAUUAUUAUUAUUAUUAUUAUUCACGUAUCGCUUCCAUUUUCUUGUAUUUUAGGCUAUGGUGCUUCGCCAGCUGCAUUUCCUGUUGUCCAGCAAGACCGUCAAGUUCAUCACUUGGUGAUUCCUCAUGGAAGGAGUGGGCGCUCCUCUGUCAGUGGCAUUGCGGCUACUGUCUUUGGGGCUACAGGCUUCCUGGGACGAUAUGUCGUCAAUCGCCUGGGUAAUUUUCUCCAAAACUAAAUUUGAGAUGUCUGGAUAUUUAACAGGAAAAUGAAUCUGAUAUAGUGUCUUUUGCAAGAUGUAAACCAAUGUGUAAGUUCACAAAGCUUAGGGGUUUGGGCUGGAUGACCCUUUGGGUCCCUUCCAGCUCUGCAGGUCUACAAUUCCUCCUACUGUUGCUUCACCCUGGGACCUGGGACUCAACAUCUUGUGCUGCUUACACAUAUUUGAAAUGUGAAGGUCUUGACCCAUUGUAGCUCAUUGCAUGCCUUGCUGUUCACUAAAUGUCCCAAUAGUUACUGUGUGCCUAAAUACCGAACUUAUUUUUUCUUUCUGUUACCUAUUUCAAGUACGAUGAAAAAUGAAUGACCUUCGGGCAAGAUGCUGGUGGCAGAUAGGGAUGGGAAACAGGCUAAAUCCCCAAGGAGCCAUGAUGGUUCAAGAUGGUAGUUUUCAACCCUUUUAUCACCUGUACUAAGGGAGGAUUUUCUUCUCUGAGUCCACCUCUUAAAGGUUCCACCCCCCUUACAAAGGUUGAAUGCCACCUUCAAUCUCUGCCAAAAUACGAUUUAUUCACAUAUUUACACAUUCAGUCUAGAGGGAGUACAGAUCUUCCAGCACGGUAUUGUUCUCCACAGCAGGGCAGCUCUGGAGUCCAAGGCAUCUCUUCCAGCCUGCCCAAGAUGGGUCUCUGUCUCUGUUACCCCAUCUUCUUCACUGCACACCUUGCUAAAUACACUUCUCUUGUUACCUUUCUCUCACACACACCCAUCUGUCCCUGCAGGCCCAAGGUUCCUCUAAAAUGGGCCAUCAACACCUUUUGUCAUGUUAAUGCCUCUGCAUUAAUAAUAAUCAAAUAAUCAAAAUCCUACCAUUUAUUAAUUUACACCCACCCCAAAACCAAUAAAACCAUGUUGGUUUUGCAACUGACAUCUUUUAAGUGUGUUCAAGAACUUGAGUUACUCCCAGCAGGGGAGUAACAGACUUUUUAAAACAUUUUAAGUAGGUCAAUCAAUCAAGUAGACCCAGCUGCUCCUUUCCCCUGUUCCCUUUUGAAAUUUCCCCCAGUUUCCAGAGUAGCUUGCUGUGUUGUGGGAAGCUGGGAAACCAAAAUUAAAAUGUCUGUAGGGCAUGGGUAGGCAAACUAAUGCCCGGGGCCGGAUCUGGCCCAAUUGCAUUCCAAAUCCGGCCCACGGACGGUCCGGGAAUCAGCAUGUUUUUACAUGAGUAGAAUGUGUCCUUUUAUUUAAAAUGCAUCUCUGGGUUAUUUGUGAAGCACAGGAAUUCGUUCAUAUUUUUUUUCAAAAUAUAGUCUGGCCCCCCACAAGGUCUGAGGGACAUUGGACCGGCCCCCUGCUGAAAAAGUUUGCUGACCCCUGCUGUAGGUUAUGUAGUGUUAGGAUUGUGGCUUCCAUGAAGCCCCUUUGAAAACACCAUUAAAGAAUUAAAGUUAUUGUAUUGAUUACAGCAGGUAGAGUUAUAUAGCCAAGCAUUGAUGUUUUCCGAGUGCUUAAAAUAGAACAUCCUCAAUUAAUAUCAUGCCCUAGUUCUCCUUUUAAAACCCCUUUCUAAUUUUAGGGCGUAUCGGCUCCCAAGUCAUCGUCCCAUAUCGCUGUGAGCCUUAUGACGUCAUGUACCUUCGACCCAUGGGUGACCUGGGACAGCUCCUGUUCAUGGUAUGCUCUUUGUAAUAAUCCAGCCUGGUUCAUGAUUGGCUAGCAUCACUUGCUAAAUAGUUGAAAGUUUGGUACGGGCCAUAAAUAACAUCUUCCUGAAAGGUUUUUUGUACUUUUAUUUCAUUUCUCUCUUGAUUUGUGCUGUGGCUAUCAGGAAUGGGAUCCGCGUGACAAAGAUUCUACCCGAAGAGCUCUUGAGCACAGCAAUGUAGUCAUCAAUCUUGUUGGCAAAGAGUGGGAAACGAGGUAACUUUCUUCUUUGGCUCUCUUGGAUAGAUUGAGGUCACAUAGACUGAAGAUAGUUACAGUCAUACCUCAUGUUACGUCUGCUUCAUGUUAUGUUCUUUCAGGUUAUGCCCUGUGGCGACCCGGAAGUACCGGAAAGGGUUACUUCCGGGUUUCGCCGCUUGCGCAUGCGCAGAAGCGCAAAAUGACGCCACGUGCAUGCGCAGAAGUGGCGAAUCGCAACCCGCGCGUGCGCAGACGCGCCGCUGCGGGUUGUGCUCUUUUCAUGUUGUGAACGGGCCUCCGGAACGGAUCCCGUUCGCAACCAGAGGUACCACUGUAUCAUAAUUUUUUCUUCUAGAAAGAGAAAACUAAAACUGCAUGAGGUUUUAGGGUCCAAUCUGAUUUUUUUCCAAAGAAAAGACCUGUUUCUUAUGCCUUACAUGUUCUUUGUGGAUGCAACCUAGCGAGAUGAAGACCCAGGGGGGAAGCACGAGGAAAGUUUAUUCCCCUGGCACAGAAGUUUUUGAAUGGAAAACUAACACACUUAUGAAGUCUAAAAUGAGUGAUGUACUUCUUGAGGCAAAACUUAAAAGACUUUAGCUGCCCCUUUCCUCUCUCAGACACAGAAAUUGACAGCAUUAGGCAAUUACAAUUAUUGUUGUUAGCCGCCCUGAGCCCGGCUUUGGCUGGGGAGGGCGGGAUAUAAAUAAAAUUUAUUAUUAUUAUUAUUAUUACAACCCCAUAUACCGUAAGCAUGUACAGUUCUCAUAUCUUCUUGUCUGCUCAGAUUCCUUCAUCUUUUGCGCAUGAAAGAAACUGCUGUACAGUGGUACCUCGGGUUAAGUACUUAAUUCGUUCCAGAGGUCCGUUCUUAACCUGAAACUGUUCUUAACCUGAAGCACUACUUUAGCUAAUGGGGCCUCCUGCUGCCGCCGAGCCGCCAGAGCCCGAUUUCUGUUCUUAGCCUGAAGCAAAGUUCUUAACCUGAAGCACUAUUUCUGGCUUAGUGGAGUGUGUAACUUCAAGCGUAUGUAACCCGAGGUACCACUGUAUCUGUGGAAAUCUGUAAACCAGAUCUAGGAAUCAGCCAAAAGGACAGAGGGGAGAGGACCAGAAGUAGAGGCAGAGGGCCUUCUUGGUGGUGGCACCCGCCUUGUGGAACGCCCUCCCAUCAGAUGUCAAGGAAAUAAACAACUGACUUUUAGAAGAUAUCUGAAGGGUGUUUUUAGGGAAGUUUUUAAUGUUUGAAGUUUUAUUCUGUUUAAUAUUCUGUUGGAAGCCACCCAGCGUGGCUGGGGAAACCCAGCUGGACGGGUGGAGUAUAAAUAAUAAAUUAUUAUAAUAUUAUUAUUACAAAUAAACCUGUGUAUCCCGUGGCCUACCAGACCUGUGCCAGCAUGGUGGAAAGUGAAGGAGGGGCGGGUGGUUUUCUAUUUGCUGUUGCUUUUUAGGACUCAAUUCUUUAGUACUCUCUCAACUUCAGAGCUUCAGGGGCGUAUGUUUCUGCCAUGUUGAGGGACUGGGUUCUGUCUGUUCAAAGCAUCUCAUGCCCAUUACCUCUGUGCUGUUUGCAACAGCCCUGGAAGGCCUUUUCAGUAUAUCUUGUCUUCAUUUUUCAACGGCUCACAAUUUUUGGCUGCCCUUGGUAAGAAAGGGUAACAGCUGAUUUUCUGGUUUGGCCCUGUGCUGCUGAGUUGCAGUCAGAUAAUAAUAAUAAUAAUAAUAAUAAUAAUAAUAGUAGUAGUAGUAGUAGUAAUAAUAAUAAUAAUAAUAAUUUUAUUUAUAUCCCGCCCUCCCGAGCCGAAGCCGGGCUCAGGGCGGCUAACAACAAUAAAAUAGUACAACAUUCUAAAAUCAUUUCAUUAUAAAAUUAAUUCAAAUCAAAUUGAUGGCAACCAUUAGGUUAAAGUUCUGUGAAGAUUGCCAAAGGAGGGAGUCAGGCUGUGCCCUGGCCAAAGGCUUGGUGGAACAGCUCUGUCUUGCAGGCCCUGCGGAAAGAUGUCAAGUCCUGCAGGGCCCUAGUCUCUUGUAACAGAGCGUUCCACCAGAUCAGAGCCACAGCCGAAAAAGCCCUGGCUCUGGUUGAGGCCAGCCUAACCUCUCUGUGGCCUGGGACCUCCAGGAUGUUUUUGUUUGAAGACUGUAAGUUCCUCCGUGGGACAUACCAGGAGAGGCAGUCCUGUAGGUACGAGGGUCUUAGGCCGUAUAGGGCUUUAAAGGUUAAAACCAGCACCUUAAACCUGAUCCUGUACCCCACCGGGAGCCAGUGCAGCUGGUAUAGCACCAGGUGAAUGUGAUCUUGCAGCGAGGAUAACCCUCAAGUAAUCCCCCAAUUGUGCAGAUAAAGACCAGCUACUGGCUUUGAGAAGAAAGCUGAGGUUUGUCGUGGUCACAAGAUGGCAGUGGCACACGCCAUAAUGAGCAAAGCAAACAAAAUCAGAGCUGCACAAAUCACACAUGGUUGUUGCUGAAAGAGACUGAGUUACCUUAGGCUACCCGGUAAGUUGUGGGGUUUUGUACUCCUUUAGGAUUGCACUCUCAGACACUCUGCUUCACCAUCAAUAAAUAAAUAUUUUUUUAUUUAUACCCGGCCCUUCCCGGUUCAAAAACCGGGCUCAGGGCGGCUAACAACAAAUUUAAAACACUUAAUUGUAACAGCAGUAUAAAAUACAGUAUAAAAACAUGAAUAACAAUAAAAUUCAAAUUUCAGAAAUCAGUUUAGGGGAAAUCCAUCUAAUAAGCAUUAGAUAAUCACCAGGGCUAGCUGGCUGAAUUAGUCCUACUUGGGCCAGCGAGGAGGCCAAGGGAGAAUUAGCUGUGGGGUCUCAGAACGGGUAAUCUUCAUAAAAGGGGAGGGGGAGGGAAGAGAAGGGAAAUAAAAGAUCAGGCUGAAUUCAAAUUAAAGGCCAGGCGGAAUAGCUCUGUCUUACAGGCCUGACAGAAGGAGGUUAAAUCCUGAAGGGCCCUAGUCUCAUGGGACAGAGCAUUCCACCAGGUUGGAGCCAUCACUGAAAAGGCCCUGGCCCUGGUGGAGGAUAGUCUGACUUCCUUAGGGCCCGGGACCUCUAAACUAUGGUUAUUCGUGGACCUUAAGGUCCUCUGCAGGGCAUACCAGGAGAGGCGUUCCCGUAAAUACGAGGGAUAUCAAGACUGUGAUACGACCUGCUAAAUUUUGGAAGGAGCUUGGUUUUUAUUCUGUUCUUUAUGCUUUAUUCCAGAAACUUUAAGUAUGAAGACGUCUUUGUUAAUAUUCCCAGGGAAAUUGCUCAGCUCUCAAAGGAAGCUGGGAUAGAAACUUUGGUUCACAUUUCUCAUCUGAAUGCAGACAUGAAAAGUCCUUCAAAAUACCUUAGAAAUAAAGUAAGUUUUUCAUUAGUUUGUGUUUGUUUUUAGAUGUUGGUGUUUUGCAAUUCCAUAUUCUGUGCAAAAAACCCCAUAAUGGUCCCAACAGGAAGCCAAAAUUUGAUUGGAAUUAGGUAUAUUUAAAUUCUGCUGGUCCCUCAAUACAGUAGUUGCUGUUUCAGAUUUGACAAGGAAGAGAGUGACAAAAAGACUUGAGGGGAGACUUCUUAACCUCUGGGGUGAGAAACUCUUCAAGGAUUAUUGUGAGAUUUUCUGGUUGCUCAGAUAUGACGCUAUAUUCCACAUAAGUAGUCAUUACAUAGAUUUAGGGUACUCAGUGAAUUUCCUAAUCCAAAAACUCUUCUAGAGCAAAAUAAGGCUUGCGUAGUGUUUGAACAGUUUUAAAACUCUUGUUUAAAUUUGUAGGGAAAGUUAACUAUUGAUUUGAGUGUCUUUUGUCCUUUCUUAUGUGUGGCUAACACUAAUCUGUUCACUUUCUGCUAUGAUUAAUUACAGUGUCAUCUGUAGUUAUGUGUGUGUGUCUGUGUGUGUGUGAUUGUGUAUGUCUGCACCUUUCAUACAAAUUUCCUAGAUGCCAUAAGGCUGCUUUUGAAAAAUAUUUCAAAAAAAUAUUUUUUUUGAAACACUGAGUGACUCCAAUUACUUAAAUUUGUGUACACUUACUGGUUGCAAGUGUACACAAAUUUAAGUAAUCGGAGUCACUCAGUGUUUCUUACUGGUUGCAAGGGACGCGGGUGGACUUGCCGAUCAGACUUGCCGAUCAGAAGGUCGGCAGUUCGAAUCCCUGCAAUGGGGUGAGCUCCCGUUGUUUGGUCCCUGCUCCUGCCAACCUAGCAGUUCGAAAGUACGUCAAAAGUGCAUGUAGAUAAAUAGGUACCACUCAGGCGGGAAGGUAAACGGCGUUUCCGUGCUCUGCUCUGGUUCGCCAGAAGCGGCUUAGUCAUGCUGGCCACAUGAGCUGGAAGCUGUAUACCGGCUCCCUAGGCCAAUAAAGCGAGAUGAGCGCCGCAACCCCAGAGUUGUCCGCGACUGGACCUAAUGGUUAGGGGUCCCUUUACCUUUACCUUACUGGUUGCAAAGAGGAAUUUUGGAAAGACACGGUCUAUGGGCUCAUUCACAAUCCUGCUUGUCCUGGGCCUAGAAGGCAAAGAUAUGAGCAGUGCUUUCUAGGUACUGGUCUGAGCAGUUUUGCCUGUGUCCUUCCGCUUUCCCCUAGAAAAAACUGCUCUUUAGCGAUAAAUCAGAGCAAACGGCAAUCCAUUGAAAACCUGAUUGCUGUUUGCUCCAGUUCAGUCCUAAACUGGGUUUUCCUAGGGGAAAGUGCUGGAGCAAACGGAAGUGUAAAAGGUAAAGGGACCCCUGACCAUUAGGUCCAGUCAUGGCCGACUCUGGGGUUGCGGCACUCAUCUCGCUUUAUUGGCCGAGGGAGCCGGUGUACAGCUUCCGGGUCAUGUGGCCAGCAUGACUAAGCCGCUUCUGGCGAACCAGAGCAGCGCACGGAAACGCCAUUUACCUUCCUGCUGGAGCGGUAUCUAUUUAUCUACUUGCACUUUGAUGUGCUUUCGAACUGCUAGGUUAGCAGGAGCAGGGACCGAGUAACGGGAGCUCACCCCGUCGUGGGGAUUCGAACCGCCGACCUUCUGAUCGGCAAGUCCUAGGCUCAGUGGUUUAGACCACAGCGCCACCCGCAUCCCCAAACAGAAGUGUAGAUAAGCCCUUUGAUGGAUUUUGUGUCUUUACAUUCAUUGUAGUUACCCUGCUGUCUGCAUGGACUUCAUUCUGCUUGCUGUUAAUUCUUGUAUUUCCUAGGUUACAUAUUUCAUGGUGCUAAAUAUGUGUUCUGUCCGAUAGACUGGAACAUUUUAUUAUUAUUAUUAAUAAUAUUUUACUAAGAGAAUUUCAUUUAUAAAAAGAGCGAGAGGAAGAAAGAAUGAAAGAAAAGAAAGUGUGUGAGAAUGAAAAAAAGAAAAGAAAAAAUACUGUUACAUUGCCAUAUGUUAAUAUAUAGAUUUGUAUAUUCUUGUAAACCUAGGCUGGAUUUUUUUUUAAAUUAAAUUGUGCCAAAGAGCCCAAGUGUAUGCAAUGUGAAACCCAAGGGUAUCUCUAAAUUUUAUUAUAGUUUCGUAGUACUGUGCGUCUUGAACUUGCAUGGGAAAUUAAUCACUUUCUAAUGACCUGAUGGCAGGCUGUUGGAGAGAAGGUUGUGAGGGAAGAAUUUCCAGAUGCCAUCAUUAUGAAGCCUUCUGAAAUGUACGGGAGAGAGGAUAGGUUUUUCAACCAUUAUGCAAGUAAGUACACUCCUUGCAGCAUAAAAUUUGUUUCCUUGGGAGAAAGUAAUAUCAGAGAGCAAGGGAUGGAAUAUCUCUCCACACUGCAUUUGUACUUAAUUAGAAUUGUAGAAUAAUUGUGAAAAUCUGUAUUAAGAUCUUAUUCAAAUCUAUUCAGCAAUCAUCCUUGAGCUUUUGCUUCAGAUCUUAGCAACUUGUUAUGGUGCCAGGAAAGAAUGUGUUUGGAUUUUAGCCUACUGUACCUUUUAUUCCAUGGGAAAUGUGUUGUGUUCAUGGGCCAACAGAUGAGCUUUCCUGUAAAUAGCAGAAUCCUAAUUGUCUUGCAUGUGCUUUGCACGUCUAAGUGAACUACCGUAUUUUUCACUUUAUAGGACGCACCCGACCAUAGGACCCACCUUGUUUUAGAGGGGAGAACGAGAAAAAAAAUUUCUCCCCCUCUCUGCUCAGCGCCCCUUCAGCGAAGCGGCAGGAGAAACGGAGCCCCUUCCCUUUCUCCUCCUGCUUCACUGAAGGGGUGCUGCUCAGCUCUCCCUCUCCCUCUCUGCUGAAGCUGGGAGAGUCUUGCAAAAGGAAAAGGGACCUCCCGCUGUGCUCCGGGGGCUUCAGGCGGCUAUCCCUGGAGCCUGGAGAGCGAGAGGGGUCGGUGCGCACAGACCCCUCUCGCUCUCCAGGCUUCAGCGAAAGCAACGCGUAGCCUCCAGAGCGCGGAGGGAGCGCUCCCUCUGCGCUUCGGAGGCUUCACGUUGCUAUCGCUGAAGCCAAGGUGCCUGCAUUCGCUCCAUAGGACGCACAAACAUUUCCCCUUAAUUUUUGGAGAGGAAAAAGUGCGUCCUAUAGAGCAAAAAAUACGGUAAUUUCGCUCCAGCCCACCAGAAAAUCCUAUCUGUUUCUGAGACUUAAGUUUAGCAUUGUGAGUGUAAAGUAUGCCAAGCCGGUACAGAAUAUGUUUGCUUGGUUUAUUUUUAAUUUUUUAAAAUGAAAUCGUAUUCCAGAGUUCCUCUCUAUUAGAUCUCUCCUCCCUGCCCCACCCGCACUUAUCCCCAUCUUUGUCAUAUUUACAGAGAGAUGCAGGACCAUGUAUUCAAAUUGUUUGCAUUAUUUACUCUAGAAAUGGAAUUUAGAUUUCCUUGAGCCCAGGUGAAAUGGAAUUUCAGACAGUCAGAAUUUGGCAAAAGAUUACAAAUUCAUCUUCUAGAACAGUGCUUCCCAGUCUUGGGACUCCAGCUGUUUUUCAGACUACAGUUCCCAUCAUCCCUGACAACUGCUCAUGCUAGCUAGGGAUGAUGGGACUUGUAGUCCAAAAACAGCUGGAAACCAAGUUUGGGAAACUCUGUUAAAGUGUUGAACACGGUGACCUCUGAAAUUGAAGGUGUUUUUAGAAAAUGUGUCUUUUAACCCUUUUGUAUUUUAUAUUGUACUAGACAAAUAUAUGCCAAUCGUUUUCAUUACAAAUAUUAACAACAGUUGCAGAUUAUUACAGUGAGUGAAGCAUGUAGUUGUAGUAAGUAAAUAAACUGAACAUAUGCUUCCUAUUGAUAGUUUCCUUAUAAGUAUGCAGUUUUGGAGCAACAUGACCAUAAUUUUGUGAUGGCUUUAUUAUGUUUCUUUACCUAGCAGUUCUUACCACCUAGCAGUUUGAAAGCACGUCAAAGUGCAUGUAGAUAAAUAGGUACCACUCCGGCGGGAAGGUAAAUGGCGUUUCCGUGCGCUGCUCUGGUUCGCCAGAAGCAGCUUAGUCAUGCUGGCCACAUGACCCGGAAGCUGUCUGUGGACAAAUGCUGGCUCCCUCGGCCUAUAGAGUGAGAUGAGCGCGCAACCCCAGAGUCGUCCAUGACUGGACCUAACUGUCAGGGGUACCUUUACCUUUUCUUUAUGGGGGCUUUCAGUGAGGCUGCAAUCCUGAAUUUGCUUACCUAGGAGCAAAUCCCACUGAAAUCAAUAGGACUUGCUUCUGACUAGAUAUGUAUAGGAUUCCAGUGUUAGUCUUCUUCCAGGAGUUUGGCAGUGGAGUGUGGUGAAAGAGAUAGAAAUGCAAAGUUGGGAGAUGCAGAUAGGCUCAUGGGAUUGGCUUGUUAAUUAAGUUACAGUGCUUUCCUCCUAGAUAAUUUCCAUAGCGUUGAUGACACUGUUUGAUAUGAAAAAUCAUUACUGUAUUUACUGUAUUUUAAUAUUUUGUUGGAAGCCGCCCAGAGUGGCUGGGGAAGCCCAGCCAGAUGGGCGGGGUAUAAAUUAUUAUUAUUAUUAUUAUUAUUAUUAUUAUUAUUAUUAUUAUAUUUAUUUACUCCUUUUUAAGUGAUCAGUGCUAUCUCAGCGACCCUUAUAACAGAUUAUACCCAUCAUAGAGAUGGGAAAUGGAGCUAGGAAUGAAUGACUUGUCUGAGGCCACUUUCAUGUUCAUGGCAGAGACAAGAUUUGAACCUCGGACUUCCAGCUUCAUAGAUCAGUCUCUCCUGCCACCCCACUGCAUUAGCAUAACAUUUUCAAACAAUAAUGUUCAAUUGCCAGAUUUAGUAGCUGUAUCCAAAGAGUGAGCUUCAGCUUGCUGAAAGUUUUGAGCAUCCUCAGUUAAAGCGUUUACAUUUUCUUGGCGCGGAUGCAGGAGAUUCGUGCAGGCAAUUCUCCUGUCACCUUCAGGUGCAUUUGAGAUCUUUACUUCCCAGUACUGUUGUUAUUGCUCUUUGACCUCUUAACAGCCUCACUUCUAUCCUCCAGUAAUUUAUCUCUCUUAAUUCAGACAUGCGCUGGUUCUGGGGCGUGCCUAUGAUUGCUAUGGGCAAGAAAACUGUGAAGCAGCCUAUCUAUGUAGGUAUUGUUGGAAAAUACAUUUUAUGAUACAUAUUUCAUACCUCUUUUCCUUUUGUAUAUAUUUCAUUACCUUUUUGACCUUGCUUAAAAAAAGGUAACUUUAAAAUAUAUGCUAAUAUUUCUUAAAUAUUAUCCCAUAGGUUGUUGAUGUAGCAAAGGCUAUAAUUAGUGCUAUUAAGGACCCCGAUUCAAAAGGAAAAACUUAUGCAUUGACUGGGUAGGUUGUUGGUUACUAUUAUUAUUUUUACUCAGACCACCUUAAAUCACUACAGGCAUUUCCUGGCCCCCUGUUGUUGUUUUUUUAAAACUCUUUCAGUGGAUUUAGAUCAGGCUUCCUCAACCUCGGCCCUCCAGAUGUUUUGAGACUACAAUUCCCAUCAUCCCUGACCACUGGUCCUGCUAGCUAGGGAUCAUGGGAGUUGUAGGCCAAAAACAUCUGGAGGGUCGAGUUUGAGGAAGCCUGAUUUCGAUGGUAUGUGUUCACUACAGAUACCUUCUUUUAUGUGUAAGUUGUGUAAGCAUUUGGGGAGAAUGCUCUUUUCCCUGUUCACAUGCCUGAAUCCCUAAUUUUAUUAUACCCUUAAAGUCUGCAUAAUUUUACAAGAAUAUUGUGUUAGUCAGUUGUGAGAAGUUCAAGAACCAAGGUACCACUGUAUGUGUAAAAUAAACCAUAUUUCUUAAAGACACAGCAUCUUCGCUGCGUCUUGAUUCCCUAUGGAAACAUGACCACCUAGAACAGUGUUUCCCAACCUUUGGUCUCCAGCUGUUUAGGGACUACAAUUCCCAUCAUCCCUGACCACUGGGUCUUGCUAGCUAGGGAUGAUGGGAGUUGUAGUCCAAAAACAGCUGGAGGCCAAAGGUUGGGAAACACUGACCUAGAACCCACCUUGCUACCACUUGGCAGAGAUUGGGGGUGGCUUGCAGCCUUUGUGACAAUACUUUUGGCUAUAUUUUUACAUAAUUAAGGUUUGGCUGUAGGUUUGGGUGGAGGGGAUGGUGAAAGCUGCUCAUUACCAGUGACCACUGUGGCUAAAACAAAGGCUGUCACACGUCCUUCCUGGUGGUACCAGCACCCCAUUUUAGACCAAGGCCUCUUUCUCAAAUUUACAACUUAAUGUCUGUUUCUUUGCAGCCCUAACAGAUACCUCCUUUACGACCUCGUAGAGUAUGCUUAUUCAGUACUCCACAGAAAUUUCUUUCCGUAUCCUAUGCCCCGUCCUCUCUAUCAGUAAGUCUUAAUAUGUUUAAUAAGUUGUUACCUCUGAGGCUCCAACUACCUGUGUUGGUUGUUUGGUUUUUUCCCUUGUGUGCUCACACAGAUCUGUUCAUCUCUGCCAUUGAAAGAGGUGUGCAGGCUGCUUUCUUCAUCAGGGGACUAGUCCUGGAUUUUAGAGGGAACGUGUCAGGGAACUGCAAUCAGUGCUGGAGGGAGAGAGCAAAAUCCAGAGGGAUUCCGGAGAGCGUCCCGGGAUUGGGAGAGGCAGCCCAUCUUCUGGGGAAGAGAAUCAGCGUAGCACCAGUGGAGAAGGGGGGCAGAUGGGGGAAGCGGCGAGGCGGUCCCAUGACUCCUUGCCGGGGACCAGCGGGGAGAGUAGAGGUCCUCCGCUGCCUACGCCCUCCUUGCGCAGAAGGCUUUCGCGCAGAGAAAGUAGGAGGAGACUAGGUGUCAACGAGCUUCUUUGCUGGAAGAAGUUUAAGAAACGCCCACUGACGGAUUCUGCCAGCGAUUGAGACAGCCACGGGUGAGUGGCUGUCCGGACAGAAAAGGUUCACUCAGGCAAUCCAGCCAGGUGUUUGCACCGGCUUACGCACGAGCAACCCCUAGAACCAUUACAGAACGCAAGAGAUGUUACCUCUGUUUCUCUCCACAAGCCCAAAGUAGUUUGGGGAUGGAGAAUGUUUUUGGGAGGUAGAUGACUGGCAGAGAAGAAAAACUUAAGACAUCCCUCUUCUCUAUUUACUAUCUCUGUCUGUUUGAUUGCAAUUGCUGUGUGCUUGCUUUUGGGAGUGAGGAGAACUGGUGUCAUGUGUAGCUUGAGCCUUAAUCAGUCUGGGCUCAGGUUUUGCAGCCUGAAUGUUGAGUUAGGGAGGUGGCAUUAAAAAUAUGUGCUAGGAGAAUCUGCCUGCCUUCCAUCACUCAAGGUGAAGAGAGCCCUAAGCAAGAGCAUGUACAGUAGCCACUCUAUUUUGGGACCUCUGAACUGGCAACAAGAAUGCUCUCAGAAAAGCUUUUAACUGGCUAAUAAUAAUAAUAAUAAUAAUAAUAAUAAUAAUAAAUUAUUUAUACCCCGCCCAUCUGGCUGGGUUUCCCCAGCCACUCUGGGAGGCUCUCAACAGGAUAUUAAAAAUACAAUAAAACAACAAACAUUAAAAACUUCCCUAAACAGGGCUGCCUUCAGAUGUCUUCUAAAAGUCAGAUAGUUGUUUAUUUCCUUGACAUCUGAUGGGAGGGCGUUCCAUAGGGCGGGCGCCACUACCGAGAAGGCCCUCUGCCUGGUUCCCUGUAACCUCACUUCUCGCACUGAGGAAACCGUAAUGCGUUUUGAGAAGAAAUAGUCCCCCUCCCCAUCAUUUUAAAAAGGGGCUUUCUCCAGAGGCCCCUACAGGACAUUUGGCGUCCUAGGGAAGGUGCCUUGAACCCUGGCCAUGGCUUCCCUCCUUCAUUCUUUGGUCUGAUCUUUCUGGGUAUGAGGCCCUCACCUAGGUUAUGCAGUAGCCACAAGAUACUUGAUGACUUAGCAGGUCCAGGAAGUCCUUUCCAUCAAUGGAAAUUGGGAGCCUUGUGGCAGGUCUCAUCCAGUAAAGAGCAGACAUGGAUUCAAGGACUACUCUAAUAAUAAGCUCAGGAAGGGCAGCAGACCCAAAUCAUAUCCUUCAUAAUCCUUCAUCCCCCAUCUGCCAUCCCACCUGGUGAAGUCGUCUGGAAUUGGCCCUGUCUGUAUGUACUCCAAAGGUUGGUACCAUCUCAAACAUGAUGGAUGCCCUCCGUGAGACUUGCAGAACAGAAAUUACUAUUACAACAUUUUCAGGUUUAAUUUCAUUUUCAGGGACACGGGUGGCGCUGUGGGUUAAACCACAGAGCCUAGGACUUGCCGAUCAGAAGGUCGGCGGUUCAAAUCCCCGCGACGGGGUAAGCUCCUGUUGCUCUGUCCCAGCUCCUGCCAACCUAGCAGUUCAAAAGCACGUCAGAAUGCAAGUAGAUAAAUAGGUACCACUCCAGCGGGAAGGUAAAUGGCGUUUCUGUGUGCUGCUCUGGUUUGCCAGAAGUGGCUUAGUCAUGCUGGCCACAUGACCUGGAAGCUGUACACUGGCUCCCUCGGCCAGUAAAGCGAGAUGAGCACCACAAUCCCAGAGUCGGUCACGACUGGACCUAAUGGUCAGGGGUCCCUUUACCUUUAAGGGAAUUGUCAAAUUCUGCUCAUAAGUCGCUCCAGUCCCGUCCUCUCCCAGCCUCACUUGAUGUGCCACCUCAGUUCUCUCAGCACUUUCCCAACUUCAGCACGUGUGUCUUGUGGCUUCAGUUAACUUUUCCUUUCAACAGUUACUUUGGUUGAUAGAAUUAAUAAAUACAAAGUAGUCUGUUUUGUCUGGUGGAGCAAUUCGAAGCGAGUGAAACUUCACUAGCUGAUUUGAGAGAAGAACAGUUAGAUCCUUGCCUAUGUUCAGCCAUGGUAUUAAUUAUUGUGGCACUUUGAAUUACAGCUUAUUUGCAAGAUUUUUUGAGAUAAGUCCUUUUGAGCCAUGGAUAACAAGGGACAAAGUGGAUCGGGUAAGAUUGCCUUCAUUUUCAUCUCAUUUAUUGCUUAUCACCUGCGAAUCCUAAGGUGGCUAAGAACGGAACAAAAUGCAAUUAAUACAAAAUAUCAGAAUGAUAAUCAAUAUAAGAACUCUCUAUAUAUAUAGGAAUACAGAAAAAGUUUAUCUCUGUGUGUUCUUUCUCAGUGUUAUUUUUAGGGUUGAAUGCAUUCUUAACAUUACAUACAUAUGGAGUUUUUAUUUUAUUAAUGGGAUGGAAUCAAUGUUUAGCUUUUGAGUUGCAACGUAUCAGUUAUCAGUGGUCAGCAAACUUUUUCAGCAGGGGGCCGGUCCAUUGUUCCUCAGACCUUGUGGGGGGGCCAGACUAUAUUUUUUUGGGGGGGGGCAAUAUGAACGAAUUCCUAUGCCCCACAAAUAACCCAGAGAUGCAUUUUAAAUAAAAGGGCACAUUCUACUCAUGUAAAAACAUGCUUAGAAGGCGAUUGGGCUGGAUCCAGCCCCUAGUUUGCCUACCCAUGAAUUAAAUCUGCCUUACUUGAAGCAAACUUCUUAUUUGUAGAGAGCGGGGAAGCAGAGGUACUCUUCUUCCAGACUAGCCCCCCUAAACGUGAUGUCCUCCAGAUGUUUCUGUUUACAACUCCAGCCAUAAUGAAAAACAGUCAGGAAUGCUUGGUCUCCAAAACAUCUGGAGAUCUUUAGGUUGGGAAAGACGGCUUCAGACUGUUGAGUCCAUUCAAGACUGCCAAGAGGUAGAUGCAGGGGCUACAGAUGUACCAGAUCCAAAGCUAGCAGGAGCCUUGACUCUGAGCUUUCACUUCAAAAAAGUAUUUAACGUUCUAGAGAAAGUGUUAUAAAGCAAAUGUGUAAAGACCGUUCUAAGCAAUUACCGUGGGAUGAAUCUGCCUGGCUGCUCCCACCUUUUGGUGUUCUAGCCAAUGAGCAAUGUCAGAGCUGUGAUUGACAAGAGAAUUGUUUGGACGCCAGACAAGAGGAAUCCCUGGGGUCCUAAAGAGCUGCUGUUUCCCCCUCCCCUUUAGUGCAGUUUUCUUUCCUGCUUCUUUCUUGUUUUCUAGUCUUUGGAACCUAUGUAGUUCUAAAGGCUUCAUCUCCCGUUACCCUUCCUUUUUUCUUAAUAAGCAGGAUGCAUCUUUCUGGUAGUGGGUCCAUCGGAGAUCAGGUAUUCCCUAGAAGUUAUUGUUUGCAAUCCCACAAUAAGAGUGGGUGGGUGUUGCAUAUGACAAAUGCAAAAUGUGGAAACUUUGCAAAGAGCCUUAGGUAUGUCUUCUGCUUUGUAGGAGCUUAAGUCCAGACACAAAAGUUGUCACAAUUGUGACUCUAGUCUAAUCACAGAUAGGAAAAUAGAAUCCAAACUGUCCUUUGGUAAUACACUCAAUAAAUAUUCUUUCCUCUGACCAGGUAUAAGAGAUAGAUGUUAAAAUAGGGAAAAUCUAAUUGUAUAUUUUGUAGCUGAAGUUAACUUUUUAUUUCAGACUGUUUCAUGUGAAACUCUUAAUGAACUCUUUGGAAUCCAAAGAACCACCCAAAAAAUAAGAUACUGGCCAUCCAAACAAUAUUGCAUACUUGAUUUGUAAAGAUGCAGCUGUGUGAGAGAUGGAUUUAUAAGAUGGCUCACCGUUCACUCAUUUCUUCUUUGUUUGUUUGUUUGAAGUUCCAUACCACAGACAUGAAGUUCCCUGAUCUUCCUGGCUUGGAGGACUUGGGUAUUGUCCCAACUCCCAUAGAACAGAAAGCAAUUGAAGUCCUGCGUCGCCACCGCACAUUCCGUUGGCUGGAAGCUGAGCUUGAGGAAGCAAAAAUAGCCAAGCCUGUUACCGACAUGUAAUCUACUUUGAGAGUUUUUCAGACUGGUUACACUGCACUCAUUUCUGAAGAAAUCUGUACAUACAAAGCUAAAACCCUAUAUAAAUCAUGUAACCUUUACGAUA